GGUGUUUGAGUCAGGUUAGGUUUGGCUGAAAAGAGUCGACGCCGUCUUUUCCCUGCAGAGGAGCAGCAGAGCGGCCACGCGCUGCCGCAGAGAGCCACUGAUCAUGGUGUUGUUACACGUGCUGUUCGAGCAUGCGGCGGGCUACGCGCUGUUCGCCGUCAAAGAGGUGGAGGAGAUCGGCAUGCUGCUGCCUCAGGUGGAGGAGAGCGUGCUGAAUCUCGGGAAGUUCAACAGCAUGGUGAGCCUGGCUGCUUUCUUCCCCUUCAAGUCCGCCCAGACUGCCCUGGAGAACAUUAACGCCAUCUCUGAAGGUGUGGUUCAUGCCGACCUGAAGUUGUUCCUGGAAACUAAUCUGUCCCUGUCUGGGAAGAAGAAAGCCGUGUUGGGUGUUUCAGAUGCCAAAAUCGGAGCUGCUUUACAAGAAGAGUUCAGCAUUUCCAUCCAGACCAGUGGUGUGGUGGCUGAGAUAACCAGAGGUUUACGUAUGCACUUCCACUCACUAGUGAAGGGUCUGACGGGCUUGGCCGCCUCCAAAGCACAGCUGGGUCUUGGCCACAGCUACUCCAGAGCUAAGGUCAAGUUCAAUGUGAACAGGGUCGACAACAUGAUCAUCCAGUCGAUUGCUCUGUUGGAUCAGUUGGACAAAGAUAUCAACACUUUCUCCAUGCGUGUCCGUGAAUGGUACGGAUACCACUUCCCAGAGCUGAUCAGGAUCGUGCCAGACAACUCUAUGUAUUGCCGCCUGACUCAGCUCAUCGGAAACAGGAAGGAGCUGUCGGAAGAGAGUCUGGAGGGCCUGGAGGAGGUGGUGAUGGACGGCGCCAAGGCUCAGGCCAUCCUGGAGGCAUCACGCUCAUCCAUGGGUAUGGACAUCUCUCCCAUCGACCUGAUCAACAUAGAGAGGUUUUCUAAUCGUGUGGUGUCUCUGGCUGCCUAUCGACUGGAGCUGCAGGAAUACCUGCGUUCUAAGAUGAGCCAAGUGGCUCCAAACCUGGCAGCCUUAAUUGGAGAAGUGGUGGGAGCUCGUCUGAUCUCCCAUGCCGGCAGUCUGACCAACCUGGCCAAGUACCCGGCCUCCACCGUGCAGAUCCUGGGAGCAGAGAAGGCCCUGUUCAGAGCUCUAAAGACACGUGGCAACACUCCCAAGUACGGCCUCAUCUUCCACUCAACCUUUAUCGGACGUGCUGCCGCCAAGAACAAAGGUCGCAUCUCCAGAUACCUGGCGAACAAAUGCACCAUCGCCUCACGCAUCGAUUGUUUCUCUGAGGUACCAACAAGUGUGUUUGGUGACCGGCUGCGUGAACAGGUGGAAGAGCGACUGUCUUUCUAUGAGACGGGCGACGUGCCACGGAAAAAUGUGGAUGUCAUGAAAGAGGCAGUGAAAGAGGCCACUGAUGUUGCAGCUGAGAUGAAGCGUAAACUAGACAAAAAGGAAAAGAAACGCAAGAAGCGUGAGAAGAAGUUGCAAGAACUUGACACCAAUGGUGAAGCUGAGGUGGAGAACGGAGACGCAGACGCCACCGUAGUUAAGAAGAAAAAGAAGAAGCAAGCAGCCGAGGAGAUGGAGGUGGAAGCCAAGGAAGCUCCUGCUGCAGAGAACGGAGCAGAAGAAACUCCAGCCAAAAAGAAGAAGAAACGAAAGGGGGAGGCCGAGGAGGCAGGAGAAGCAGCGGUCACAGAUAACACAGCGGAGGACACGGAGACUCCAUCAAAGAAGAAAAAGAAGCGAAAGACUGAAACCGAGGAAACAGCCCCAGCAGAAGAGAUCCCAGAAACACCUGUGUCUGAGAAGAAGAAGAAAAAGAAGAAAAAGGAGGCAGACGAGUAGAGAAUAUGGGCAAAGACUAAAUCUUUAUUUUUUGUACAGUUUUUUAAUUCAUUUUACUCCUUCAGAAGGUAGUUUGUCCACAGCGUCGUCUCAUAACCACAAGAAAGAAGGCUAUGCUUGUAACUGUGCCUUUAAAGUCAAUAAUAUUUACUUGUAUUUCUGUAAAUAAAUGAUCAGUUCAACUUUUUGUCACAACA